AAUGUAGAGGGACACGUUCUGCAUGUUACUGACUUUAAUCAUCUACAGAAAGUGUGUGAUUGGAACAAUUACUUUAAGAUCAGAUCAUUAAAGAAGAGUCUUUUUAAGAAGAGGGUGUGUAUCAGAGUGUUGAUGGUGUGUUAAUAAUGACAGUAAGGUGAGGGUUCAGUAUGGAGUACACCACUGUGGAGAUCGUCAGCUGUGGUGUGUGUUGUUGAGCGUCUCCUCCCUCUGCCCCUCCUCCUGUCUCUCUUAUAGCACGUCCCUGCAGUCUCUCCUUUAUCUGCUCCUCACGCUGCUCGUCUCUUCACUCGGCACGACAGUCCCAUCACACACGGACACCAUGCUGCCAGCGCUCUGCUCUCUCCUCACUGCUCUCUCAUGUGUCAGUGGUGUGACUGUGUUGACUCAGAAGCCUCCUGUUCUCACGCUGACUCGAGGACAGACGGCCACCAUGGACUGUAAUCUGGGAACUGUCACUGUUAAUGCUGCAUACUGGUACAAACAGGUUCCUGGAGGAGUUCCUCAGCAUGUGUUAAGAAAUUAUCAUGGCUGGAGCUCUCCUAACUAUGGAUCUGGUUUCUCGUCUCCUAAAUUCACAUCAACACACUCCUCUAAAUCAGAUUACAAACUGAUUAUCAGUAAUGUGGAGGUGGGAGACUCGGCAGUGUAUUACUGUUUGACAUGGGGCGACUCUGCUAAAGAGGACGUAUUCGGCCAAGGAACAAAGCUGAUCGUCAGCGACGCUGCUCUCCCGGAUCCUGUUCUGACCGUUCUCCCUCCGUCCAGUGAAGAGCUGAAGUCUAACAAAGCCACUCUAGUGUGUUUGGCCAGCGACCUGGCCGGUGGUUUUGCUGAUGUGCGUUGGCUCGUGAACGAGAACUCGGUCACCAGUGGAGUCAUCACCGGCUCUGCACAGCAGCAAGCCAAUAAGAAAUUCACACUGAGCAGCUAUUUGACCAUCGACAGCUGCGACUGGGAAAACGACAAAGUCAUAGCAUGUGAAGUGUCUGCUGGAGGAAAAGCCGUGUCGGUGAAGAUCAAGAAGUCCGAAUGCAGCGAAUGAACCCGAUUACAUAUAUAUGAAUUUUUCAGCAAAGGCUUAUAGAUGUUAAAGAUGAAUCUGUAGAGAAAGAAAGAAUAUCAACUCCUGCAUGUAACCAAAAUAGAAUUUGAAUAAAAUUGCAAUUCUGAAAA